AUGGGUGCUUGGGGUUGAAGGCAAGUGGGUUUGAGAAGCUGAGCCACUGCCAUCUGCUGCAUUCAGGGAAGCCUAGCUCAGUGGCAGCAUCACAGACAGGAGAGAGCUAUGUGUUGUUUCCUCAGAUGCAGCAUCAUCUUUUAAGGCUUGCCCUAAUGUGGUUCCACUCACUGAGUGAAAAAUGUGGUGAAUAAGAAGACACGGAGCACCUGGACAGUGCAUGUUUGGCUCUUUUAGCCACAAAACAGGUAAUGCAGAUCAUCUGGAAGAACAGAGAAAACUAAAGGCUCUAAGAAGCUUCCAGUUUUCAUGUGAGCAGGCAAUGUUACCUGAGACUCCUUCAUCAUCAGUUCAUGCUUUGAGGCCAGCUGACAUUAAAACAGUUGCUGCAAUAGGAAGUUUGCAAAGAACACCAGGGUCUGGUGCAGAUCAUGAGGAUUUACUUAAAAGGACAGGAAAGAGCCUCCUUGAAGUAAGCGUGGAAACUUUAGCAGCUCUCAUUAGCAGUUUUAAUCCCUCGGUCCUACACCAAUCUCCUCCAUCUGCCAUAAAGGGAGCGGCAGCAGACAAUCAGACCACAGGCCUCCUGCAUCAAGCUGAAGAAAUAGUGAAUCUCAUGAAAAAGAAUCAGAUGGUGGACUUCCAAAAUGACUGGAAACUGAUAACAGUUUUUUUUAGUGCUGAAAACCUGUGCUCUUCUUGUGCCUCCACACAACUGAGGAACUGUGUAUUUGACAACCUGGAAGAACUUAAAGCUGUCUUGGAUUUUUUGUAUAAAAAAGUCCAGAAGGCCUUUGUAAAUCUGGUGGAUUCUACUGAGCUUGCAACUUCCUGUCUUGCAUGCCAGGAUUACAAUAAUGCCAGGAAUCAGUGCGAUUGUGUUGGUGAACGCUCCACAGUGGAUGACAAUAUAUUGAGGUGGUCCUAUCGGAAUGCUUGGGAAAAACUGCUGAAGUCUGGGAGAUAUGAUCAAAAGGACGACUUCACUGUUGUUCUUCAGCCUACUCUCCAAGAAAGAAAUUUGCUGCUCAGACCGGUUAGAGAUGGUUUCAUUGCCACAUCAGAGACACAAGUGAAAACUCUGGAAGAAUAUUAUACUUUCAUGGCUGUGGCCCUCUGGAACAACAUGAUGGAGCCAUUUGGACAGAAGCAGCCUUAUGAUUUCACAGAAGUGCUUCGUGUCCAGUGUCCAUCUCAGGAGAAUCCGUAUUUGUUCACAUAUAGAAAUAGUAACUACUCGUCUUUCCCAGAGACAACAAACACCAAAGACACAUCUCAGCAGAGGAUUUACGGAACCAAUAUUCCCUGUUUUGACCGUGGUCCUUCUGAUACAGUCCCGUUUUCAGUUCAUAAUUUGAAACCAGCAGAUAUUCGAGUGAUUGCUGCCCUGGGAGAUUCACUCACAGCAGGUAAUGGGGCAGCAUCCAAACCCCAUGAUGUCCUGGAUGUCCUGACUCAAUACCGAGGUGUUUCUUGGAGUAUUGGAGGCAAUGAAAACAUAAGCACAGUCACGACAUUAGCAAACAUUCUUCGUGAGUUCAACCCAUCUCUGAUAGGGUAUUCUAUUGGCACUGGAAAGGAGACGACAGAUAAUGCUGCACUCAACCAAGCUGUGGCAGGCAGUCAUGCAGAGGAUGUUCCUGCACAGGUUAGAAGACUGGUGAAUCUAAUGAAGAAUGAUACUCGAAUAAAUAUGACUGACUGGAAGCUCAUAACACUUUUCAUAGGAGGAAAUGACCUAUGCGAAUUCUGCAACAAUCCAGUACAAUAUUCUCCUGAAAACUACACCUACAACCUACAAACAGCUUUGGACAUACUUCACAGAGAGGUUCCACGGGCAUUUGUGAACCUGGUGACAGUGAUUUCCAUAACAAGCCUCCGGGAGCUGUACACAUCAGAAAGUAAUAGCUGUCCAAAGCUGCUUAUGAGGCUCCUGUGCCCUUGUGUUCUAAACAUUAAGGACAAUUCUACUGAGUUAAAGAAGUUGAUCUACUUUAACAGAAGGUAUCAGGAGAGAACCCAUCAAUUAGUGGAAAGUGGAAGGUAUGAUACUACAGAUGAUUUCACAGUGGUUAUGCAGCCAUUUCUGACGAAUGUGAAGAUGCCAAAAACACAGGAAGGGUUGCCGGAUAGUUCAUAUUUUGCUCCAGACUGCUUCCACUUCAGCCAGAAGUCUCACUCCCAAGCUGCACGUGCUUUGUGGAACAACAUGCUGGAACCCGUAGGGAAGAAGACAGAUAAUCAGGAAAUGGAAGAUGAGAUUGUUCUCAAAUGUCCAAGUGAGGCUGAACCAUUCCUCAGGACAUAUAAGAACAGUAAUUACACAUACUCUAACCAAACUCCAAAUUAUGGAAGCCAGCUGCUAUGUGAGGACAGAUCUCCAUCCUCCCCCCCUGCAACUUCAGUGCAUACCCUAAAGCCAGCUGAUGUGAAAAUUAUAGCAGCCCUUGGAGAUUCUUUGACGGCUGGUACAGGAAUUGCCUCAGAUAAUCUCCUGGAUUUGGGCACUCAGUACCGGGGACUGUCUUGGAGUAUUGGUGGAGAUGCAUCAUUACAGAAUGUGACAACUCUACCUAACAUCCUUCGAGAAUUCAAUAGUAUGAUCAUGGGCUACUCGACCGGUACUGGGAGUGCAAAUGAUUCAAAUGCAUUCCUUAACCAGGCCAUUCCUGGAGCAGAGGCUGAGCACUUACCAGCCCAAGCAAGAAAUCUCCUGAGACUAAUGGAAACUGAUCCUAGAAUUGACUUCAGUGCUGACUGGAAGCUAAUAACGGUGUUUAUUGGAGCCAACGAUCUGUGCAACUAUUGCAAAGACUCUGAUCACUACUCAGCUGUGAAUUUCACCAGCAGGAUUCGGGAAACUCUUGAUAUUCUGCACAAGCAGGUUCCAAAAGCUCUAGUGAGUCUGAUUGAAGUGAUGGACGUCCUCCCUCUGAGACAGUUGUUUGUGAAUACUGAAGCUCAGUGCCCCACUUACAUGUCAGAUUAUAUGUGUAGCUGUGUUCUCGCAGGAGAAGAAAACUCACCAAAUUUAGCAAUGGUAGGAGAAGCCACCAGAGCUUACCAACUUGAGAUUCGGAGACUAGUGGAGUCUGGCAGAUAUGAUACUCAUGAAAAUUUCACAGUGAUCAUCCAACCUUUCCUCCGAAAUCUCAAGGUUCCUCUUGAUCAGGAUGGGCAUCCAGAUAUCUCCUACUUUUCACCUGAUUGCUUCCAUCCAAGCCAGAAAGGCCAUUCUCAGCUUGCCAGGGCUCUCUGGAAUACCAUGUUGCAGCCUGUAGACCAGAAGGGUGACUCUUUUGAUUUUACGGAUGACAUUGUCCUCGACUGCCCAACUCAGAACAAACCAUUCCUGGGAACAUACAAGAAUGGCAACUACACGUAUCCACCUGUGGAGCCUACUAAUGAGCCAGUAGAGAAUUGGGGCAGUGACCUGCUGUGUUCUGAACGGGCUCCAUCCAGUCACGUCCCAACUUCAGUACAUGAGCUACGACCUGCUGAUAUCAAAGUCAUAGGAGCACUGGGAGAUUCCCUGACUACUGCAGUAGGAGCCAAAGCAACUGAUCUACUAACAGAGUGGAGGGGACGUUCCUGGAGUAUUGGAGGUGAUGAGACCCUGGAGAUCCAGACUACUUUACCUAAUAUCUUGAAAAAAUUCAACCCGAACCUCUUUGGCUUCUCCACUGGCAGCUCUAAGGAGACAGCUGGGUUCAAUGCUGCAGAGGGAGGCGCCACAGCACGCAAUAUGUCAGCCCAAGCACAUGAACUGGUGGAGCUAAUGAGAAGCAGCUCGAAAAUUAACUUCAAGGAAGAUUGGAAGCUGAUCACUGUCUUCGUCGGAGGCAAUGACCUAUGCCAGUACUGCUUGGAUAAGGAAACCUAUUCAGUGCAAAAGUAUGUAAAGCACCUUCAGAACACUCUGGAUAUAUUCUAUGAGGAGCUCCCAAGAGUCUUUGUCAAUGUCGUGGAGAUACUAGAGAUUUCUGGACUACGUCAGAUUGCAGCAAGCUCUUUGGAGUGCACAUUAGCAGCAAAGGAUGCUUGCCCAUGCUUCUUAAACCCCGAAGAAAAUUCUUCUGAACUACAAGAAAUUAAGAGAGUUAACAGAGAUUUUCAGGCUGAAAUGUUACAGCUUCUCAACAGUGGUCGGUAUGAGGAACGUGAGGACUUUGCAGUUGUCAUACAGCCAUUUUUUCGAAACACCUUGUUGCCCCUGGAUAGCAAUGGCAAGCCAGAUCUGAGUUUCUUUGCUGCAGACUGCUUUCAUUUCAGUGCAAGAGGCUAUGCUGAGAUGGCCAUGGCUCUCUGGAAUAAUAUGCUCGAGCCAGUUGGUGAAAAGCAGACUUACAACAACUUUACGUGGGACAGAUCAAAAUUGAAGUGUCCAAACCCAGAGAAACCCUUUCUUUCCACACUGAGGAAUAGUGGAUUUGGAAAUUCAGAUCUCAUCUUGAAGAAAACCGAACCUUCAGUCCCCUACUGGGCUGUUAUCGUGGCUGCGGUAGCUGGAGUUCUAGCAGGUUCUUUACUCAUCUGGGUUGUGUCAGGUGGAAGAGUCACGAGACACCAACGUAAGGCUGACACAGAAAACAGCAUUAAAAUGGUAUCUUUGUAAAACAAGAGGAACAAACAUCUUUCUUUGCUGAGGCUGCUCUCUGGUGUGACAUGGAGAACAGCAGAAUAAAAAAGACCCAUUGAACGUGAACGAAGCUUCUUGGUUAGGCAGGGAUUUAGGGGCCCAAUAAUUGUGAUCAGAGUUAGCUUCUGCAAAUCAGUCAAGUGGAGGGUGAAGUUAGAAGUGUUAAAGCUUUUCCUUCUGGGAUGUAAUUCUCUGCUUCAUGAAUAUCACUGAGAAUGUCAAUUGUUUACGUGAAGUAACAAAAUUGUUUGUUCGUCUUGGCACCUUAAUUGUACAUCUGCCCCUUUUUCUUAUAAAACUCUACAUUUGAAAUGUUAGAUAUAAGUCCAUGUUUGCAACCUGGUAUUCCCCAACAGCAAGGUAAGUGAGAUAAAAAAGAAAAGCUGCAAUUUCAAGUUGGAUUCCAGCAAGACCAUUGAGUUGAGGUGCUAAGGUUGUUCUACAUGGGCAAGUACAAUGCCAUUGAAACAUUUUCAAAGCAACUUCUGAGCAAUUCUGAACAUCCGUGUGUCAUUCCUGAUGUGGUGCUGGGCAAUGAAGCUAGAAUAACUGCACCCUCACCACUGCCUUGGACUUCAGGUUCUGUCUGUCUGUGAGCGGACAUGGAACUGAGUCAUACAUAUCACUUCUCCUGUAGGGCUGAACAGCCCAGGGACCAUCCUGUCUUCCUGCCCACCGCUGUAUAGCAGCCGGUUCCAGAAUGAGUCUUCCUGCGAAGAAGGAAUUUCCUCACUAGGAUGGAGUAGGGGGUCUAAACAAAAAUGGAGUAUCUAAAUAUUGACCUAACCUGGUUUAACCCUUCUUAUAGGAUUUGUGGUGCUUUCAGCUCUCCCAAACUGGGGUGUCCAUGGCUGUUCUCCAAGGAAGAAUUUGUAAAGUGUUUUACAAAAUUCUGAUCAGGAGUUCAGAGGAGAUCCUUCCUAGAAUCUAGACAUUACUUGUUUUAUAUUUGAGUCAAUUCAUACAAUCUAUUAAUCCACAAGAUACUUCAUGAGUUCCCUGUGAUCUUGUUUUCUAAUGAUUUUAUUAUUUCCAAUGUCAAAUACUUUAAACUUAGCUUUCAUUGAAGCCAAAGUGUUGUUUAUAUGGUCAUGAUUUUUUUUUUUAGUAUCAUGAGUAUCCCAUUUCCGCUCCAGAAAUGCAAGUGAGCAGAAAAUUAAAAUGUUGCAGGGAAGAAAGUGUUCCGUGAUUCCUAAAUCUACUCAUUAUGCAUACACAAGCCAUUCAGACUGCUCUUUUUUGUUUCUCUCCUGUCAUUGUCCUUGCUAAGAUAAAAAGAGAUGGGUAAAAUACAAAUUGUAUAGUCAGGUUUCAGGGGCUGUACCUCCAGUCACCCUCCCUUGAUCUGCACUCAAAGGCUGGGCUAGUACUGGUAGGACUUUUAUUUGCCUAAAUCUUAGAUGUGUGUCUGAGUGUGACGGGAAGGUCCACAUGCAGCCCCAAAUGGGGAUAUAUUUGGAAUACAAACAAAACCACCUGCAUCUUGCUUCAGUGCAUUGCAAGCAUCAGCUCAGCCCAUCUCAGCUGCUCUUCCUGUCCCUGUCUUCACCGCAGGUCGUUAAUCAUCUACCUGAUAUCCCAACUGCCGGCACUUAUUUAGCUCAGUAAAUAGAAGCAAACACAGCCUCAAACCUGUAAUGCAAGAGACAAGAUUUAUGGUGUUCCAGACCAUUCCAUGGUAUCUUUACCUCAGACACAGUGUAAAAUAUAAACCUCACAAGUGAGGGACCUGAACAAAUAUCCCAGUGAAUUAUCAAGGCUACAAUCUCCUUUCAUGCUCAAAUGUUGUUUCCAUGAAUCUUUCCUCCUGGCAGCUUGCAUAGGCACUACUCAUGCAGCUUUUGGCUUCGGGAAGGACUAAAAAGAUGCAAUUCUUUGCAGAAUCUUUCAUCAGUGCUAGGUAUUUCAAAGGAAAUCUAAAACAGUAGUUCAUGCUGAUUUACCUUUCUAAAUGAUAUGUGCAUGCAGGAAGUGAGGUGGGGGUCCUAGAGCACGAGUUGGAGCUGCAAAAUACUGCACUGUUCUCGCAUUGAGUUUGCCCUGCCUAGAAAUGGGUACAAGCACAUCUUAGGUUUCACGCUGGUCCCCCCCUGCCAGAGUAACUACACAUCCCCUUUCUUCAAUUAGAAAGCUAAAUUUUGUUCUGAGCUUCUGAGAGUCAAAAUACAAUAGCUACAGCCAGUUGGGAAGUAAAGAGAAAGAUGGCUCUUGGCUCCUCUGGCAUCCUGAAGGAAGCUGGAGUGUAAAUAAUUCUUGUGCAGGAGCCAGGGUGACUCCACUUCGGACAGCAGAUCUCCAGUUCCCUGCAGCGUUCAGCUCUGUAAGGAAUGUCACCAUUACUGAGGCUUUUGGGAACUGAGAAGCAAUUGAGCUUAAAUUAUAUUGGCUCUGCGCUCUUUCUGCAACAGAAGACUUUUUCCCUAGUUUCUGUAGCUGUGCUGUAGCUGUACUCUGCUACUAAAGUAGGAGCACAUAAGACCUUGAGCAGGAACUGACGGGCUUAUUUAGUCUGUGGAAAUAUCUUCUGGCGUCUUCCUUGUGUAGACUGAAGUAUGUGAUGAACUGCACUGACAUUUAAAAAACAUCAAGAAUCAUGCAGUUUGCAGCUGCUCCACAAGCAAAAUUAGUUCCUUGAAGAUAUUACUGCUGAGCAUUCCCUCUGUGCUCAUUAAGCGGAGGUAACAUUAAGCUGGAGUGAAUGACAAAUUAUUAGCUCUGGAUCUUAGUCUGACUGCAUUCAAUGUUACAUUAAAUGAGAAAGAAAUCCAUGCAUCCUGUCUGUAAGUUGUCCAUUCCCCCCUCUUUUUUUAAUAAUAUGCUCUUUGUUUCAAAUGCCCUUAUGGCAUUUUCCCUCAGUGGACCAGAUUGCUUUCUGAUGCACAAAAGAAGAGAGGCUUAGGGGGAACUUCAAGUCUGUAUAGAACAAUGCAUGAAAUAGAUGCCAUCUUAUCUCAUAACUUUGCUGUGGCCAAUGGUGGUCUCACCCACCACUGACAAACACAUCUUCUGUCUAAAGUGAUUUCCUAAUGUCCUAAGAAAACAGGCUUUAUGAAUUCUUUCUCUGGCAUAGAGCUACAACUCAGCCCGUGUGAGCAGUCACUGAAUGACCUUUGUGGGUACUGGCCUUGCUGCCCAGCUCAGGUUGCUGUGAAAGGGUGUUGGGAGUGAGUGUUGAUGCUGUUGCCUGGUCUUUGGAAGUAGUCUUUUCUUCAAAUAGGGAAGUGAUAGAGCCUAAUAAGUGUUGGCAAGUUAUUUUUCUACAACUUCAGCAGCAGUUGAGUUCAAGUUCUGGCCUUCUUUGUUGCUGCUGUUGCUCUUGUCAUGGUACAGUGACUGUAUUUUGCUUUGUAAGGCCAAACGACACAAAAGAGUUUAAUCUAGGGUCAUUUUGCUCCAAAGCCCCACUUAGGUGCUCAGUGAACUUAGGGAAGAGAGGGAAAAUUCAGAAAGACAUCUGCACAGGCAAAUUUUGUGUGGCUUUGGAGACUGCUAAAUGUUUCCUCCCACUAUUUUCUAGAUGGUGAGAAACAGAUGUACUGAUGACAAAUUAUGUCAGCUAGUAAGUAUGUCAUAGAUUGGGACAUUUGGGCAAGAACUUUGUUAUUUUGAGGGCUAAUUACCUAAAACAUUGAGGUGAAAUGACCCACACCCCUCAGAGAGAUGUAUGGAAAAGCUUUGGUUUUUAACAA